GUUUUUAAACUCUGUGAGAGGAAGCAUUUAGAGUGGAGUAUAAACGAUUUGUGGUCAGACAUUCACUUCCUUUAGACACGCAGUGUAGAGAGGUUCAUCUAUAGAAACACACAUUUGGACUUCUAGCGACUACAUUUAGAGAGCAGCUCAAUGGCAAACAGCUCACGGGCUGAGUUCAACAUUUCUCACCUGUGCCAAACGUCCACCACAAGUAUAUUCCUGCCUGUUAUGUACACCCUGAUGUCUUUAAUUGGACUGCCUGGUAACACUCUCUCUCUCUGGGUGUUCAUGAAAAAGAUCGCCAUCAAAACAUCUACCCACAUAUACCUGAUAAACCUAGGGAUCUCGAACAUGAUUCUCUGCCUAACCAUGCCCUUUCUGGCUACAUACUAUGCAAAUGGAAACAAGUGGGCCAAAAAAUAUACCAUGUGCCAAAUAGCAAUAAACGGUUUAACCCCUGUGCUCCACCUCAACAUCUGCAUUGGUGUCAUGAUACUAAGCUGGGUGGCCCUGAGUCGCUUUGCCUUGUUGAUUCAGCAUUCGCACGCCAAGCGCCCAAGCAGGUGGCUUAAAGUCCUACCUCGGGCCUUCCUCAGCAGAAAUCGACAUGCAAGAUUGGCCCACGCAUUGUGCCUGGUCACGUGGGCUAUUGUUGGACUUGGUGUGAUACCCUGUGUGGUGCAAUACUCAGUCAGGGUGACUGCGGACGUGGAGGAUGUUAGAGAAGUGUGUUACAGCGUUUCGGUGGAGGUGGGUGAAGCUGGAUCUCACGUCUUUGCUUUAGUGGCCGUCUCGCUGUUUUUCGUCUUCUUCUUGUUGGUGUUGGGCUCCUACAUGGCAGUGAUCAGGCACAUCUGGAGGUCCAAGAAAAGCGUGGCUAUUUCCGAUACCCAAAGAGUCUACACCAGAGUGUUUCGAAAUAUCGUGAUCAUCAAGCUGGUGCUGGUGGUCUGUCUUUUGCCGCAUCACAUCUAUAAAGCAGUCUUCAUUCACAUGGUCAAGGAACAUUCUCUGUCUGAGUCACUGCCAAGUGAUCCUUGCCAUCCACUUUCGGUGCAUGUGGAGAUUAAGAAUAUGCUUCUGUGUUUAGCGACUCUGCGAUGUUGCACAGAUCCAGUCAUGUACUACAUGCUGGACAAAACCUUUCGUAUGCAUGCGAAUGGCCUGUUGAGAUUAUCCCCCAGUGCACAUGAAAGCCAUUCAUCCAAAUCCAAUGGAGGACAACUCUCUCAAGCAUCAAUCAGGGACCUAUAGACAUUACUAAAAAUUACUUGAAGACAUUGCAUGUUGCCACAUUUAUGUAGCAUUCUGAAGUUUCAAAUGAUUGUUUUCCAUAGUUUUCAACUAACUGUAAGAAAUACUGAGCAAUAGGGGUGUCACAAUUCUUCAAAUCCUUGAUUCGAUUACAUUUUCGGUUCUAAGGUCACGGUUAGAUUCUCUGACCUUGAACCCAGAGAUGCCUUGCCAUGUUAGUUAUGCUGCCAGUGGAAAAAUAUGGUACACACACACAUACCUGAUAAAACAAAACUUUCUGUCAGAUGAACAUCAGUACUGUCAGUACUUUGCACCUUAAAAACGCGCUUUUAUUACCGUCAGCAAUACUUCACUGUGAUACUAUAUAUAUUGUGAUACUAUAACCCAAUAAGUCAUGUUUAAAUGCUGUUUUCAUAACUUUUAAGAAUUUAUCAAUCUUUUUUCCCAUGCCACUUUCUUUAAAGGUGCAGUGUGUAAACUUUAGCGGCAUCUAGUGGUGAGGUUGCGAAUUGCAACCAACAGCUUAGUCCACGGCUCACCCCUCGCUUUUGAAACACAUAGAGAAGCUACAGUAGCUGCCACCAGACAAACAUGUCAUCGUCGGAGACAACUUAGUAAAAAAUUUGUCCGUUAAGGGCUUCUGUAGAAAAGUGGCAGCACAAAAUGGCGACUUCCAUAUAAGGGGAACCUCGGUGUAUGUAGAUUAAAAAGGUCUCGUUCUAAGGUAAUAAACACAUAACGGUUUAUUAUGAAAGGUCUUUAUACACCCCUGAUAAAAUAGUUUUGUAUAUAAUUUUGCAUUUCUGUCAAAAGAUCCUUCUAAAAAUUACACACUGCACCUUUAAAAAAGCAUUGAGAAUAAUUAGAGAAAUAAUGAUGAAAAUGCUGCAUAAUUUACAAAAAUAGAUAAUCUGGAUGACAAUAAUUGUAUCUUUUCAUUACUAUUUUGCUGUUACUUACUUUCUAAAAAAAGUCAAACAAAGGAUUAUUUGUAUAAUUUGUUGUUUCCUAUUUCAAAUAAUUUCCUAAUUCUAUUUAAGUCCAGUUCCUGAUUCUUACUACAGAGAACGGAAGUAAGCAACACAAUCACAGUUGUAAUUCAUUAAUAAAUAAAUCAGGGACAUUUUACUUUCAACAUGCGCAUAUGUUAUAGGAACAGCAUCAUAGAUAAUGAUGUAUGAUGAUAAAGAAGGUUCAUCCACCUUUGGGAUGACAGCAGCAUUAAAGGCCAUUACAGUAAAUAUUACAGUCUGUCAAGCACUUCAAGGGCAAAUGUCAGCAUCAUCACUCUUGUACAAAGCAAAGUGCAAAAUGACAGUUCUCCAUUUAGCUCCAUUUUCACUGUCACUUAAAUCUUUAAUGAACAUGUAGUUCCAUUACCGCAUUAAAGAGCCUAUAUUUAUAUAAACGCACAGAAAUUCACAAGCAAAAACACAAGAGAUAUUUUGCUCACAAUGUGGUGUCGACAGCUGGCAAAGCAUUUGUAAACGGUCAGCAAUCCAAUUCAAUUCUAAUGUUUUUAUAAACACAACUUUAGUUUGAUGAGCACAUUUGGAAACUUUAUUUUAUGGUGUCUUUGUCACAUGAUGUUACAUGUAAUUAUUAUAGUAAAGGGGCAUGUCACAAUUUUUUAAGAUUUUAAAUAAAUCUUUGGUGUCCCCAAAGCACAUAUGUGAAGUUUUAGCUCAAAA